AAGUAACCUUGAUCCUUUCGCGAGUCGUACGUGACAGUCAUCGUUCGGGUGGACCGGUUAGUGUCGAUCGAGACAUCGUCGAGGUAGCAAGCGAUUCUUGGCAGUUUUACGAGUUAUCGACGUUCCCUGUAUGCGACAGGAUGAAAACGUUCGUCCAAGUUCUUCUCGUUGUGGCGUGCUUUGUCGCCUGCACACGCAGUUUCCCAAGUGGAUUAGGAUAUGAUUCGUCUGAUGAGGAUGAGUUCGAAACCAUGAACUUCGACAUGGCUAUGCCCAGUUUUUCUUACUUUACUGAUGCUAUGGCUCAACUCAGGCAAACUCUCUUAAACUACUUCCGGAAUAUCCCCGAAAUACCAAACUUUUCCACUCCCGAAGGAGCGAACACAACAUCCACAGUCAAGAUCAUUAAUGGCCAUGUGGUGACGAUCAACGAAACAGUAUACUCGAAGAACGAUAGUAACGGUGGUGCCGUGUUCCGUGUUCGUAUAAUCGACGUGAAGCCACAAAACGAGACCGAAGGUGGAGGCAGCACGGAACAACCGUCGGUGAGGUCAGAGCCGGAACCGGAGAGUCGCGAGACGGUCGAGGAGUUCAACAACGAGAUAUCGAAAAACACGGAAACGCUGACCGCUUAAAAGGUGGUCAGUCUGUUCGCGAGACACGCCGACGAUCAGCAAUGUCCGAAUGGAUUUUAUGGAGAGGAAGGAGUGACCUUUAUUUCGUGGCUGUAGUAGAGUAACUUCGAUGACACAUCGCGGUGUGCAUCAUGUUAAAAUAUAAAGCAUUACUGUAAUAUAAUAUAUAUAUAUAUAUAUACAUAUAUACAUUAUACAUGUAAUACAUACAUAUAUGAAGUUAUGUUUCUGUUGUUUUCUAUUGCUUCUCGAUACGGUAAUAUAUAUGACGUUUACUUGCAUUUUUUCGGGAAAAAAGAUGGUCGUCGUUGAAAAGAAUAAGCUGGAAUAUUUAUAAACGUAGAUAAUGCAAGUUGAGAACAGAGGGGGCUAAUUGGUUUCAAUUAAUUGCGAGAAUUUAUUUAAAGUUAAUUAAUCGAUUAAAAGCUUUCGAAUCAAAUUAAAACUCUUGGUUAAACGUGGAAUUAAAAUAGAUGAGAUUUAAAGCUCACUAAUAAAAUGCGUUUACGUUUUUCAACUGAAUAUUUUAUAUUCUGAACAGUUGAAUUUUAUGCAUAUAUAUUAUGAAAUACGCUUAAGAGACACCAGUGCAUCAGUGAUUGAUAUAGAAAUAAAGUAUUAUGUAAUCUCUCGCAUUUUUCAAAAAUUAAUUACUUGGACCUCUUCUAAUUUAUAUUCCAUACAUAUGUAUCUGACAUUUCUGACAAAAAGGCGUUAAAGAUUUUUGUAUAUUUUAUAAAUUAGUAAAAAUGAAACUGGUGUGCGAUAAUUAAUAAUUAAUAUUUAGUAAUCAAUAUAUAUUUUCUACAUAUAAUUCUCGCGUAUCUCGUUCUAUCUUACACGAAUGUCGAGCAAAAAAGGUGAAAGCGCUGGAGCCACAUGCUUCGUCACAUAUCAUGUCGGUUUACUGGCUGAUAUAUUGAUAUAUAUACAUAUACAUAUAUGCAAGGCCAUUUUGUAAUAACUAAUUAUACCACUCCAUCGUCCGCCAAGUGGAAUAUUUACUCCAGUCCAGUUGAUCCAACGUUGGUCACGUUUUACAUGAUCAAAUACGAAUAUGAAGUAAAUUACUAAUGUAUCACAUUAACAUAUUUUAUAUAUAUAUAUUUAUAGAACGCGAACACAGAGACUUUUAUCCUGUAAAAGAUUACACGAAAUUGAUAUUUAAUAAAUCUGUAAUUUCCUGUGCAUAUAUCCAGCUAUUCCAGCUCUUCCAGUUUCCUUGACAAUGACUACGUUCAAGCAGCAAAAACAGUUUUGUAACUGUUGUAAGAUUCUUAAUAUGAUUGGUUUAAAGGUAGAUAUAUUUAGAUUCAGUAAGGAACUAAAGGCAAAUAUAUAUUAAAGAAUUUUACAACAGUUGCAAAGUUGCUCUUUAACGCAGCUAUUGAUAUCUUUAAUGCUGAAAAACAUCAAUUUUUCAAGGCAUAUACAAUUAUAUAAUCAAAUAUCCACGCAGGUAAAUAUUCAUAAACUAUUUUUACGGAGAAAAAGUUUGAGAUGUUUACUGUGGAAUGUUGCGAUUUUUUAUAAUUUUAUAGAAAGAAAAAUGUUCGUUCCUGUAGUGCUAUCUUCAUACAUGCUAUUUCCAUACGCAUAUACAUAUAUACAGAUGUAUUUCUUAUAGAUUGUAAGUCGUAUUGUAAUACAUAUAGACAUACAGAUGUAUUUCUUAUGGAUUGUAAGUCGUGCUGUAAGCUGAUCAGAAAAAAGUUGAUGCAAUAAAAUAGUAGUAAAUUAUA